UGUCCUGUACGGGUUUCCGUAGAUAUUUUGUGAUGAGCAACUUUCAUAUUGUCAGUUAUUAUGGGCGAUACACAUUUGCAAAUUGAGAGAAACUAAUGUAACGAGUCUAAUUAUUAACCCAGUUUGGCUGAUGCUUCUAUUUGAUGUUGUAGUUUCCCCUCCACAGCAGAGAUGAGUGAUAUUCGGCACGCAUUGCUGCGGCGUGAUCCGCUGAGCGCAGCUAAAGAGGUUCUGUAUCAUCUUGACAUCUCACUGGGCAGCGCUCUGCAGAGCUCCACCGGCCCCACGCCUGGACUAGAGAAGAGCACGGUGGAGCUGGUGGAGGAGUUCAUCUUUCACGUCCCUAAAGACAGGAACAUCCAGCCUAAGAGGAUGAGCUGCGUUCAAGAAUUGCAGCUGCUGGAGAUCAUGUGCAGUUAUUUCCAGGAACAGAGCAAGGACGCAAUCAGACAGAUCAUUUUCUCCGCCCUCUUCAGUCUCCAAGGCAACAAGGCUGAUGAGAGCCGCAUGGCCAUGCUUGGGAAGCUAGUUUCUAUGGCGAUCGCUGUGUGUCGGGUGCCCAUACUAGAGUGUGCAGCCACCUGGCUACAGCGCACACACUCUGCAUGGUGUGUACGUUUGGCUCAGGUGCUGAUGGAUGAUUACUGCACACUGGUGCCAUGUGCAAUCUCUACCCUGCAAAACAUCUGUUCAGCCAGUCCUCGCUUUUGCUGUCAGCUCAUCACUGCAGUAACGGCUCUCUAUGACUUUUCCUCAGAUGAGUUGACUCCGCCCCCUGCACUCUUGGAGAUGCUGGUUGGUUGGAUCACAGAAGAUCCCAGACUGCUGCUCCUCACCUUCAUCAACACACCCCUCAAUUCCAGCCUGCCGUUAGGUUGCCUUGAGAUCACGCCCCUCUUGGGUCUGCUCCGUUGGUGUGUGAAAGCCCCAUUAGCUUAUCAGAGAAGCCGGAAGUUAGCUUUGACCAAUGGCCAUGGAGAAAGUGAAAAAGGAACAGCAUAUGAAGAGCUGUACUCUAAACUGCACCUGAGUGUUCUUCAAGUCUUUCUCAUGCUGCAGGUCCACCUGACAGAACAGAAUUUGAUUGGUCGGCUAGCCGUGCUUCCUGUGGAGUCUGUUGCCGCGCUGGUAGAGGAAGUCAGCCGUCUGUGCGAGAAGCUCAUGCCCCUCCCUGCUGCCAAUCAUAUCCAGCUGGCACUGGAUAGGCUGGCGCAAGCUCUACAGGUCGCCAUGGCAACAGGAGCUCUUCUGUGUACCAGAGAGGACCUACGGACUUUGUGCUCCAGACUUCCCCACAACAAUUUGUUACAGCUUGUGAUGUCCGGUCCUGUAGUGCAGCCUCCACCUCACAGCGGACCGUUCCAGCCCAACAUGUACCCACACAUCCACCCGGGUCGGCCCUCCGCUCUUUCUCCCCACAGCCCGCACCAGUCCGCCCUCCCCUCUCCACAUAGCCCACACCCUGUACUGUCACCGCACCCCACACACCCAGCGCUCUCCCCACAUCGCCCGCUAACGGCCCACGCCGCACACCCUUCUAUCUCUCCACACGCCUUCCAUCCUGCUGCCAUGGCCUUUCCGUACCGGCCCAUUCGUUAACCAGCAAUACAGGACUUUUGGACUACUCAGCUUCCUAUUGGGAUGAGAACAAACUGUUUUUGUUAUAUUUUAUAUUAGAUGAUCUUCGAAACGUUUGGUUUGAACUUGUAGUCACAUGUUUGGCUUGGUCAGGCAAUAUGGUCUUGUGUAUGAGAAACUGGGAUAUGCAUUGUAUAAUUUUAGGUUUGAUAUGGACUUUAAAAAAGCUUGUAUAGAUUAAGUGUUGUUUCAGGUAAAAAUGCAGUCAUACCUUUUAAACAAUAAUAUUGUACAAACCAUGAAAUAUAUUUUUGGAAAAGCAACAUUUGUGGUUAUUUAAUAGACAGUUUAAGUAGCAAAUCACUUUUUAUACUUAAAAUUCUUCAAAUAUGUGAUAUUUUCCAACUGAAUAUUUUCAUGUUUUGGUUUCAAAAAGCAAUUAGUAACAUCAAAAACAACAGAAAAUAUCAGUUUAGUAAAUACCUUUAUUCGUUAAUCUAAAAUGUGCUUGUGAGUAGGUUAUGACAAACAUUGAGAAUUGCAAUUUUAUUUUUUCAAAUGUGUUGCUAAUAAAAAUAAGAACCUCUUUAUUACGUUUUUACACAUUUUAUGUGUUUAGCCCAGAAUAUGUGCAGUACAUUUCCUUAUGAAUUAUUUUGAAGUCAUACAUGUGCAAUAAGAAUAAACUGGCACAGUGCACCAAUAUCAAAUCCAAUCAGAAUUUAGUUUUGGUAACACUCUACAAUAAGGUUCAUUAGUUAACAUGAACUAAC